CACGAAUUUGUGAUGAAAGCAAACGUCAAAACACCUGGUUUUUGUUUGUUAUUUUUCCAAUUCGUGAGCGAAAAUUUCGGCUUGUAAUUUUUUAAGAAAGAAACCGAGUUCCUUAAGUGAUGAGUAAAAUAAAGAAACCCAAAUCCGUGCUAAAGCCACCUCCACUAGUGGCGCCCCGUCGUGAGUCACCAGAAAAUGAGGCUCAAAUGGAGUUGGAACUAUGUUGGUGUGUGCAACAGUUGGAGAAUGCGCUCAAUUCGGGGAAACUUUCACAGAAAGUUGCUGAUGAUACCGCGAAAACUUUAAGAAUACUUAAAAGCUCAAAUUCGCCCUUUGUAAAGAAGCGUCAAGCAAUGAAGGCUGCAUUAGGAGACUAUCGUGGAAAAAUGAAAGAGGAAGAAAGGAAGAUGGCACUAGCCGCCAAGCAAAUUAAAUUUACGCAAACAAUUGAAGCUAAUAGAAAAUCUAGCUUUCUGAAGAAAUCUGCUAUAAUGCAAACUGGUAAAGACUUCAGAUUCAAUUUUCAAACUCCAAAGCCGGACGAUGUGUCAGAACCUGCUAAAACCGUAAUCGUGGACGCACACCCUUUGGAGACAAAAUGCGAAAGUAGUGCAUAUAUAAGCAAAGACUUGCAGCUAACCUCUAGCGGUGGCUUCAAGUUUAAUUUUGUCCUAGACGAAAACAAUGAUGAUUUAAAUUUAAAUGCAUUGUCAAUAAAAAGUUAAAAAUUGUUUCGCUUAUA